AUGGCCGACUCUGAGUAUUUUGUGCCAGAUCGGGCAAGUGUCUGUCAUGCACGGCCAGCAACGAUUAGGAGGCUCUCCUCCUCCAUGUAUAAAAGCGUCAGCAUCUCUGUCUUAGUCGCCAUCGUAGCAUAUUUCACUUAUCGUACAAUUCCUACUUCGCACUCAGUCGACGAUAAUAUGGCCCUCGCAUCUGUUUCCCGACACGUUAUCAAGAAAGUUCUGGCAGUUGAGACACCAGAGGGUGUUGGUGCCCUUGUACGGCGGUCAAUUGGGUCGAUGAGCCUUCGCAACUUGACCCCUUUCCUGAUGCUCGACCAUUUCCAUGUUUCCAAGGGCGCGGGGUUUCCCGAUCACCCCCAUCGUGGGCAAGCCACCGUCACGUACAUGUUGGAAGGGACAAGUCAGCACGAAGACUCUGCUGGUCACAAGGGUACCAUAGAAACUGGAGGUGUCCAAUGGAUGUGCGCCGGCAAAGGCAUUAUCCACGCCGAAAUGCCUGUGCACAAAGAUGGUGCCCCCGACCCUAGAGGCCUGCAACUUUGGAUUGAUCUUCCCAAGGAGGAUCCUUCGUACCAGGAACUUGGCCCCAACGAGAUUCCAACGGCUUUUCCAGAGGGCCCGGAUGGACCAGUCAAGAUCAAGGUCAUCAGUGGUAAAAGUUACGGUGUCGAAUCCCCAGUAAGACCUCUCGGAGGUAACUGGUUCUUCCAUGUCAUCUAUAACAAGAAAGGCCCUUCAAUCUUCCAAGACAUUCCAUCUGGGUGGACGGCAUUUGUUUAUGUUCUCAAAGGAUCAGUGUUCGUUGGCUCCGAGACGAUCCCCCAUGAAGCCUUCCACACCCUCGUCCUAUCGCAUGAAGAAGGCGAAACAGGCGUGCAGUUAGCCGCAGGACAAGAUGGGACUGAGUUUGUUGUCAUUGCGGGCGAACCUCUGGAUCAAACGGUCUACCAGCACGGUCCAUUCGUCAUGACUACUCGCGAAGAAAUCCAGAAGACCAUGAUUGACUAUCAAUUGGGCAUGAACGGCUUCGAAAAGGCUCAUACCUGGAAAAGCGAGAUAGGAAACCGUCGUCGUUGA